CGUUUUUGCCAUGCACCUGCCGUGAUACGGCAACGUCGUGAGCUCUUUAUUACAACAUUAGUCGUCAAAGGUUCAAGUGGUUAGAAGAAAGGAGCGCGUACUUUCGCACCGGACAUCAAUGCGAGUUAUUGUCAUAGCUUCAAAAUUAGCCUUCGAUAAUAGCGUCCCUCCCCAGGGGACAUGGUCGGCUCGAGGAGGAUUCUUUGACACGUUUACCGUCCAGCUGCAGGCUAGCAGCGGUUAGCUUAGCAGCACAGCUGGGCUCGUCUGGACGUCGACGGGGAAGCUAGCGGCUCUCGGCGGCGGUUUCCUCCUUCUCCUCCUCCUCCUCCUCCUCCUCCUCCUCCUCCGGAGCCCAUGGACGAGCUGGUGAGGAGUUUGCCCCCCCAGACUCUCCCGGGGAUCCAGCUGCCGCGUCUGGACACUCACAAGGGCUGGCUGUUCAAAUGGACCAACUACUUGAAGGGAUACCAGAGGCGGUGGUUCGUCCUCAGCAACGGCCUGCUGUCCUAUUACAGAACGCAGGCAGAGAUGGGACACACCUGCCGAGGCACCAUUCCCUUGGCGGCCGCUCAGAUUGAGCAGGGCGACGCAUGCAACUUGCUGAUAACCAACGGAGGUCGGAGUUACCACCUGAAGGCCACUUCUGAAGGGGAGUGUCAGCAUUGGUUGUCGACACUGCAGCAGGCCAAAGUCAAUUCCAACGCUCUCAUUCAUCACUCUGAUGACUCAGGAGAUGAAGAAAGUCCGGGCCCGCAUGAUACUCGAGUCUUAAACCAAGGCGCGCUGAAGACAUUGGCCAGCAAACUGGAUGAUCUGAGCACCUGUAACGAGCUGAUCGGAAAGCAUGGCGCCGCCCUCCAGCGCUCCCUCAGCGAAUUCGAAGAUCUCCGCGGGUGCGUCAACGGCACGGAUAAAGUGAAGACCAUAAAUGAGCGAGCUGCCCUCUUCCGCAUCACCUCCAAUGCUAUGAUCAAUGCUUGUCGUGACUUCCUGGUUGUAGCACAGUCUCAAAACCGAAGGUGGCAGAAAGCCCUGCAGCAUGAGCAAGAGCAGCGUAACUAUCUGGAGACCACCAUUGAGCAGCUAGCCAAACAGCACAACAGCCUGGAGACAGCCUGGAGGGAAAAGCCCACUUCGUACACAGGUGUACAGAGAGCUCGCGAGGUGGACGAGAGUGAUGAUAAUGAUGAAUUCUUCGAUGCCAUGGAGGACGCGCCUUCAUUCAUAACCGUGAAUGCGGAGACCACGCACAGGCGCUCAGGGAGUAGUCAGAGUAUGAGUGGUGGAGUCCCCAGUGACUGGACCCUUAACGAGAAUGACACCUCAGAAUCCAAUCACAUGCAGCUACGCAGAACAAGACGCAGCCGUAUUCCAGACAAACCCAAUUAUUCCCUCAACCUGUGGAGCAUCAUGAAGAACUGUAUUGGGAAAGACCUGUCAAAGAUACCCAUGCCUGUCAACUUUAACGAGCCACUGUCGAUGCUGCAGCGUCUGACCGAGGACGUGGAGUACAGCGAGCUCCUUGACCGGGCGGCUCGCUGCGACUCCUCCUUGGAGCAGAUGUGCCUGGUGGCCGCCUUCUCCGUCUCCUCCUACUCCACCACCGUCCAUCGCACAUCCAAGCCCUUCAAUCCUCUUCUGGGAGAGACCUAUGAGUUGGACCGCCUGCAGGAAUACGGCUACCGGUCCAUAUGUGAGCAGGUGAGUCAUCACCCACCAGCUGCUGCCCACCACGUCACCUCACAGCGAGGAUGGACCCUGUGGCAACACAUCACUAUUGACAGCAAAUUCCGUGGGAAGUACAUCUCUGUCAUGCCACAAGGAAAGAUUCACUUGCAGUUCCACUCAAGCGGGAACCAUUACUUGUGGAGCAAAGUGACCUCAACAGUGCAUAAUAUUAUCGUGGGGAAACUCUGGAUUGAUCAGUCCGGGGACAUUGACAUUGUAAACACCACCACCAAGGAUACCUGCCAUCUCAAAUUCUCGCCCUACAGCUACUUCUCCAGAGAUGUCCCGCGCAAAGUGACGGGUAUGGUUGAGGACAGGGAGGGCAUGGCGCAUUAUAUCCUAUCAGGAACGUGGGAUGAAAAGAUGGAGAGUGCCAAAAUAGUGGAUAGCAGUCAAGGAAGUGGAGGCUCAGAAGGCAAACAAAAGACAGUUUAUCAGACUCUUCAGCCAAAACUGUUGUGGAAGAAAUACCCUCUCCCGGACAAUGCAGAAAACAUGCAUUAUUUCUCUACCUUGGCUUUGACUCUGAAUGAGCCAGAAGACGGGGUAGCGCCCACCGACAGCCGCAUGCGUCCAGACCAGCGGCUCAUGGAGGCGGGCCUGUGGGAUGAAGCAAACAUCCAGAAGCAGCGUCUGGAAGAGUCUCAGAGGCUGGAGAGGAAGAGGAGGGAGGUCCAAACCAUGCAGGCCCUUGAGGAUGGUCAAGAAGUGGAGGUGUACCAGCCUCUUUGGUUUGAGAAGAGAAUGGACGAAACAACAAGAGAAAGCAACUACAUCUACAGGGUAGGCUACUGGGAGGCCAAAGAGAGGCAGGACUGGAGCAUGUGCCCCGAAAUCUUCUAGAACAAACUGAACCAGCGGCUGUUAAUUAUCCAUCAUGGACUCUUCUCUGCGGUCUGAUCAUUUCUAAAAUAAAACAUACUCGUCGUUCAAUCUGCGCAGAAUACGUCAUUACUCUCAAACCUGGAACGACACGGUUCUUGAUGCUUCUUCUGACAAAAGACACCACCUGGAUCACAACACCCUGCUUCACUUAGAUUCUUGCAUCUGGAGCUACCUGGAUGGGAUGAAGCUGCUUUACAAGUUGGUAAACAAUAAUAGCUAUUAUUAGUAGUAUACUUUAAUGAUUUUUUUCCCCCCAUUUUACACGUGAAUGAACUAGUAAAGUGAGGUCUUCAUUGUUCCUGGAGAACCAUCAUCAUCAUUACAUCAGAUGUGUACAAUUAGAUUUUUAAAUACAGUAGUAGAUUAUGUGCAAGGUUCUGAAUUAUAUUGACAGUUUGUGAUGGAUUUUUUGCUUUAAUUAAAGUUCCACUGAAGUACACAGUGAACUGAGUGUAGAAAAUUGGAGUUAGAUGACAACAAACUUGUGGGCCUUGUUGGACCUGUUAUAGGAGUGGUUUCUGUUUUGUAGUUUGAGAUGUCUGCAAUAAGUAAACUGCAAUCAUACCUGAGAAAAAGAAAAUCUCAGGCAGAUACGCAAAACGUGCACAAAAGUCAUCUACUUUAUUCUGAAUGCCAAUUUAUGAAAUAAAAUGAAAAAAGAAAUGCAUCUUAUCUUAAGGAUGAGAAAAAGAUGAGGGUAAAAAAAGUAGCACAAGUACUGAAAGAGUGCUGCUCCGCUCUAGUGUGUGGACAGUAAUAAAAAAAUACUGUCAGUAAUCUGUUUGUUACGGUGGGCUGGAAGUGCAAAACAAUACAACAAAUUGUGAAACACUUUUACAUUUCAAAAAAUAAAUUCACAAAAGCCGAAACACUUUCACAUUUCAGAAAACUGUGCCAUUGAUGUAUCUGCGGCGGUGCUCAGUGUGUGCCAGCCUUAACCACCAUAAUCCUAACCUUAACUCAUCCUAAACUGCUUUAACCCCAACCCUAGUCCUAAACCUAACCAUAAUAAAACUUCUUUGUUGUUUUUUUUAAAAUUAUAUUUGGGAUAGACAUCUCGUUAUAUUUGCGUAGCCUCCCCUUCCCGCGAUGCAGGAGCCAAUCAUGUUGAAGCGGGGCGGGUCUUGCCGAGAAAGGGUUUCCUCUUAGAGAUUUCUAAGAUUGUCUGUGAAAUGGGAUGUUCCCUUUCCAGUUUGUCUCAAUUGUAAUUUGUUUCGUCUUUUGUAAAAGUUAUUCUGCUUUUGUUAAUGUGUUUUCUGAAAUCUAAACGUGUUUCGGUUUUUGUUAAUUUGUUUUCUGAAAUGUAGAAGUGUUUCAAAAUGUGUUAUAUUGUUUUGCACUUCCAGGCCACCGUAGUUUAUUGUACAAAUUAUUAAGUCGCUGGUUGACUUGCCUGUACAGUAUAUAUAGAGAAAAAUGCAGUAGAAGUAGAAUUACAUCUUUCAAAAUUACUAUAAAGGGUCUACAUACUUACUAAGGUUACUGUAUAAAUGUAUGUAAACAAAAUAUAACUAUCAUGAGAUGUUGGGUCGGAUUAUUCAUUUGACUUUAUAGGCUAUGUGUUGUUCAGAAAAAGCACAACAGUGAGGUUUACCUGCAAGUUACCUAAACACCAAGCCUCUGACACACUACAUGUACAGUAUUUUAGCUAUGCAUGGUUUUGAAGCGCCCGUUUUAAAAAGUGGUGUCGAGCUCUUUCACCUAACUGUGAGUGGACACUUACUGGAACAUGAUGUGAACUCACCAUUUGUGCCGGACGACCUUGAAAAUGUUAACUUUUUUUU